AUGGCACAAACGCUUUUAAAAAAGGCUAGCCAACAGUUCAUACGUCUUUCUUCAUGCGAUUCGAAAAAUGCACUCGAACCGCCACCGGACUCUGAGUUGAAUGGCCCUGAAGGUCCCGAAGCACAGCAUGGUCGAAAACUCGGCAACCUUCCCUCGAAAAGAUGGAAGCCUCUUCGCAGUGCUUUCAGAAACUUGAGAAUCAGUGGACGGAUUGUAGAGAUAUCAAAGGAUCCGAAACCACCCGCGGAGGACCAAAUCAAGGCUCAUCAGUUGACAAAAUAUGCCUUGCGACAUGGAUUCGCGGCGAAAAGCCCGAAUUUGAAGGAAAUACUUCCAAAAUCGCAUCUGAACCCUGUAGCCAUGACCUCCAAUUCAACCUUGGUGAUUCGAACUACUCCAAAAAGGGCACGAAGUUCUCUUCAGCCAUUGAACAUCACUCCACUGAGUGACUUGGAAACCCCUUCUUGCUCUGAGGCAAGUGCUAUGCCAUCAUCGUUCCAGGAAGAAUCAACAGCCAAGACGUCGAUCGAAUCUUCUCCUUCGCAGCAAUAUGAUGCGACAUCCGAUAGGCGCUACAAUAGGCGGAAUCCAUGGACCCGUUCCAGUCCCGAAGGCCGAGCACUCACCACUAUUCCAGAAGCUGGCGUAGUUCAGGCCCGACCCACGAUCGCUACUGUAGAGAGAGCCUCUGCUGCCAAGAUCUUUCUCGAGACUCAUUUCAACGAACUUCUGUACAAGCCCAAUGCCAGGGCCUUGAGAAACCAGCAUCUUGAAGCACAGUUGCGCAGUUGUUCAUUAAUGUCAUUAGAUGAAAAGGAGAAGAUUCGGGUGCAGUACAGAAUACAGGAAACCUGCCACUUGAGGGAGCUUCGAGCAAUGAAAGCCAACUGUACCGCUCAUAAGUUGAAGGAUGAUUCUAGGCUUUCGGUCAACAACUACGAACCGCUACAGAUUCUGGGCAAGGGAAGUUUUGGGGUUGUUAGAUUGGUACGCGAGAAGCCUGCUCCAGGUCAUGCCUUCCCAGGACAGGUAUAUGCCAUGAAGGUAAUUCGAAAGUCAGAGAUGAUACGGAAUAGCCAAGAGGGUCAUCUCAGGGCCGAGAGAGACUUUCUUGUUGCCUCCGAAGGCUCGCAGUGGGCUGUCCCGUUGAUUGCUAGCUUUCAAGACCCGGCAAGUCUCUAUCUGGUGAUGGAGUACAUGCCCGGCGGAGAUUUCCUUGGGCUACUGAUUCGACAAAAUAUUUUGCAAGAACCCAUUGCGCAAUUCUAUAUUGCAGAGAUGAUCCUUGCUAUGGAAGAGGCUCAUCGAUUAAACAUCAUCCAUCGAGAUAUCAAACCAGACAACUUUCUCAUAUCGGCGACUGGCCACUUGAAGAUCUCUGACUUUGGGUUAGCAUUCGAUGAUCAUUGGUCCCAUGACGCAGCAUAUUACAACACUCAUCGGUACUCACUGGUUCGAGGACUCGGCAUCAACAUCAAAGGCGAUGAGAUAGACCAGAAAAGCAGCAAGGACAUACUGAAACAAUUCGAAUGGUACCAGUCCGUCGUGUCCGGGAUAGACAGACACGGAAGGUAUCCGUUGGCCAAGGAUGAAGAUUUGCGAAGCCUCAUCGGUUGGAGAAAUAGACAUGGAAUCCGCACUGGUGCUCGUUCCGUCGUUGGAACUAGCCAAUACAUGGCCCCUGAAGUCGUCCGCGGCGAGCACAUUGGAAUCAUCCUAUAUGAAUGCCUCUACGGACAGACCCCCUUUUUGGCAGAAGAAGGGCGAAAACAGACGAAACAAAACAUCGUUGAAUUCAAAAAGAACUUCAGUUUUCCACACAGGCCGUUCGUUAGCGAAAAGUGCAAAGACCUCAUACAUUGUCUGAUCCAAGACAAAGAAGAGCGCUUAUGUUCGAGGAAGUACCAAACGUCAUACCGUACUGGUUUUCAGGGUUCACGGUUGACAGAUUACUCUGGCCGUUAUGUUUUCCCCGGCGACGCAGAAGAUAUAAAAGCGCAUCGAUGGUUCAAGAAUACGCCCUGGGAGCGCUUACAGUCUAUGCCAGCACCUUUCACUCCCAACUUACAGAGUGAUGAUGAUGCUCAUUACUUCGACGAGUCUGAACCUUUCGAAGACUGGUCUGAGUCGAUACCCUCCGGAAUAUACCUCAACACAGAAGAUGUACGGGAGUUACUAUUUGGGUUUGACACUCACGUGCAGCAGAAGGCUAUAGAGCUCAUCAAAGUCCCAUUCGAUGCGGCCAAACUCCGAAGCAUGGACCGCGACAUCGAUGCAGCAAAGGACCUUGAACCCAGUGAGAAGGCAACUCUGAAGCAGUUUGUCAGGUUCUACGGACACAAAGAGCGCAAACGCCCACGAGACAUGCUGCUUCGGGACAAGAGCACGAAAAAGAUAUCCUUGCGGAUACGAAAAGAUACGGCAUUCAUGGGAUAUACCUGGCGACGAAUGCGACCUGGGGGCUACAUCGAUCCGAGACCAAUAGAGACGAAUCCAGUUUCUGAGGUUCAAAUUGCGGCCUAA